GUCUGAUCACAACAGUAUAAGAAAGUAUAAGACAGUAUAAGUUUUAAUAAACAUGAACUGAUUAACGUUCGACUCUAUCCACAUUGGUGGACUUUGAGCUCCCAGUGAGUAUAUCUUAUCGAGUGGGUUUCGUCGUAUUCUAGUCGUAGUAGUUCUACAAAAGUAACUUGAAGUGAUUCAUUACGAUGUCGGCCCUAACAAAAGGUAUUUUUAUUGUCGCUGCAAAGCGUACUCCAUUUGGUACAAUGGGGGGUAUGUUUAUAAACAAAAGUCCAACUGAUUUGUCAGUUGUUGCAUCGACUGCUGCGAUACAGGCAGCUGGUCUAAAACCAGAGAAGAUUGACAGUGUUGUAUUUGGACACGUUCUAAUGAAUUCAUCUUCCGAUGGUGCUUUUUUGGCAAGGCAUACUUUAUUAAAAUCAGGAAUUCCGUUACAAAGACCAGCAUUUAGUGUAAAUAGAUUAUGCGGUUCUGGCUUUCAGGCAAUUGUCAGCGGGGCUCAGAAUAUUCUGAUGGGAGAUUCAAAGAUUGUCUUAACGGGUGGUGUAGAAAACAUGAGCCAAGCUCCUUUUGUUGUGAGAAACAUUCGUUAUGGCACUGCCCUGGGCCAGAAAUAUGAAUUCGAAGAUUCACUUUGGCUUGGAUUACUUGACACCUAUUGUAAUUUGCCCAUGGGUCUGACUGCGGAAAAACUCGGUGCUCAAUACAAAUUAAAGAGAGAAGAAGUCGAUCAAUUUGCCUUGAAUAGUCAGCAACGUUGGAAAGCUGCCAACGAUGCAGGUCGUUUCAAAGAAGAAAUAGCGCCUGUGCAAGUGAAAAUUAAGAAGCAGGAUACAUUUGUCAGUGUAGACGAACAUCCACGUACGCAAACGACGCUAGAAACACUUGCCAAAUUGAAACCAGUUUUCCAGAAAGAUGGAUUAGUCACAGCUGGUUCUGCAUCGGGUAUCUGUGACGGAGCGAGUGCUGUUAUUUUAGCUAGUGAAGAAGCUGUCAAGGCAGAAGGCUUGAAACCAUUGGCACGUUUAGUAGGAUAUAGUAUUGUCGGCGUAGAGCCGAGCAUUAUGGGAAUUGGUCCUGCACCAGCAAUCAAGGACUUACUUAAAGCUUCGGGCAAAACACUCGAUAAUAUAGAAAUCGUUGAGAUCAAUGAAGCGUUUGGCGCUCAGACUUUAGCGUGUGCAAAGGAACUUAAUUUGGAUCUGAAUAAACUGAAUGUAAAUGGUGGUGCUAUUGCUGUAGGACACCCAUUGGCUGCUUCCGGUAGCAGGAUCACUGCUCAUUUGGUACACGAACUUAGAAGACGAAAAGCUGGAAAAUUCGGCAUCGGUUCUGCUUGUAUUGGCGGCGGUCAAGGUAUCGCUGUGAUGGUAGAAGCGCUGUAAUCAAUUAAAAGGUUUAAGCCAAAUUUUGUAAAAAUAUUGUGAUAUACAAACCGAACUAACAUGAAAUGAUAAGAGUGAUACAUCGUAUGAUUUAUCAAACAAAUGAUUGUUAAUUCUUUUUCUCGUUCUAAUGAUAUAGGCAAUACC